UGUGUGCUGUUGUUCAUUGUUGCUGCGGGUUUGCAAGCUAUCGGCACUUUAUCACGCAGUGUUAUCUCGUGCAUGUAUUUGUUUGUCGUAUUUCUUUUUUGUGCUGUUGUUGCGUGGCGUGUGGUUGUUUGUGAACCGAUUGCAUGCCGGAGGUUGAUAGUCGUGAAAUGUGUCGUUUUGCUGCGGGAAGGAUCGAGUGUUCCGGUGGUUUUUCGGCGGAUGCAAGAGUGAGAUAAAGGAAGCAAACGAUAAACUAACAAAGUCGCGCUAAAUAGCUGCCCAAAUAGGCAUUCGUGUUCUGUGUGAGUGUGGUUGGUGAUAAAAUAAUAAAAGCCUGUGCAUAACAGUAGCCCCGUGUGGAGUCCGUUUGUGGAGUGAUACUACCAAAGAUAGUAGAUCGUGUGUGGUGUACAGAGGAAGUGAGAGAAAGAGUGAUAAAGAGGGAGAGCGGGAGAGAGCGCAACGCAGAGGGCUAUCACUGUUGAAUAUAAGUUAAUUUAGAAACAAACAGCAAAAUGUCGUACAACGCAGAUGAUUGUCCCGAUAGCGGCGAUACGGUCGGGACCGGUGGCGGAUCAGCGGCAGCAGUUGGUGGCGGUGGCACGACCGGCGAGUUAAAUUGCGCGACACCGACCUCACCCGGGAUGACGCGGCAGGACGCGGUGGUGAUGCACGGUGACGGUGGUUCGAUCGAUGGGGGCGAUCCGGCCAGUAUGCCACCGAUGGCCGGCUACGAGCCAUGCGAUCCGCUAAUUAUCUUGAAUCUAUUUCAAUCCCUUUCCGCCACCACCAACUCGCUGGAGCUGCAGAUGAAAAUCAAUCUUCACCUGAAGGCCCUCACGAAAUCGCCGUACGUCUUUCUCGUGCCAAUCCUGCAUUCCAGCGAGGAAGGUCUCAUACAGGUCAUUAACGAUAACGUGCUCGAAAAGGAGAUUCGCUUUUCCAUCAACUCGUCACAUUUCCGCAGCGGUUCACAGCACAAUGGUUACCCGUUCGUCAUCGAUGACCUUAACAAGGAUUUUUCCGAAGUGAUCGAGAUGGUCGUCGGCAACAAGCACAACACCCUGAUCUACGACAUCCUCGGUCCGAAGGUAAGCAAACUCCAGUCGCAAACAUCGACGACAUCGGCCUCCUCGACGUCAUCGCUGAACGAGCUGAACUUCACGUCCGCCCAGCAGACGCACAAUGGCGCAACAAUGGCCGCACCGCACCAGCAACAGCAGAUCGCACUGUUCGUCUGCAUUGCCGGUGACAGUUUGUCCCGAUCGCGGUAUCAGUUCUACAUUGACGAUACGUUCCGGUACGUACUCGGACACCUGGUGACGGCGUUCGAGCUGUACGAGGAGAAGCGCGUUCGUGAUCAGUGCCAAAAUUUGCUACAAGUGGCUCGCCGGUUGCUGGGAAAAAUAGGUGAUCUGGGGCAGCUGCUGCGGGGCGUCAUGACGGAGGCGAAGGAACUGGCGGCUGCAGAACGAUGCUCUCUAUUUCUGCUCGAUAAGCACACCGGCGAACUGGUUUCGAAGGUUUUCGAUGGCAAUGAGGCUUCGAAGGAGAUACGCAUCGAAAGCGGCAAAGGGAUCGCGGGCUACGUCGCACAAACUGGCAAACUGCUAAACAUUCGCAACGCAUACCAACAUCCACUGUUCUACAAAGGGGUGGAUGAGUCGACCGGCUUCAAAACGAGGAAUAUACUGUGUUUUCCCAUCUGCGACGAGGAAGGCGUUAUCGGUGUUGCCCAGCUGUGCAAUAAGUUGAACGGGUUUCAUUUCGACAAGUGCGACGAAGAGGUGGCGACCGCAUUCUCCGUGUACUGUGGCAUCAGUAUUAUGCACGCUCUGGUGCAUAAACAGGUCCAGAAGGCUGAGGCACGCUACAAACUGUCCCAGGAGUUGUUGCUCUAUCACAUGAAGGUACCGGAUAUGGAGGUAAAUCACGCACUGGAAGCGGUGAAGGAACCGGAUCGGGAGCAGGACGAACUCUAUCGGACCUUUCCGCGCUUCGACUUCUGCCCGCGGGAUGUGAAAGAUCAUGCCCUUUCGGUGCAGCUGGCGAUGCGAAUGUUCUACGAUCUGAACUUUGUCGGUAGCUUCAAGAUACACGAGUACAAGCUGGCCCGGUUUGUGUUGCUGGUGCAGAAGGGAUACCGGGACACACCGUACCACAACUGGUGGCAUGCAUUCUCCGUUGCGCACUUUGCGUACUCGCUCAUGAUGAAUCUUCGGUUGAUUGAGCGUGGCAUUAUAACCAAAAUGCAGGGCUUUUCUUUUCUGAUUGCGGCCUUCUGUCACGAUCUGGAUCAUCGGGGCAUUAGCAAUUCGUAUCAAACGCAGACGAGCAGCCCGCUCGCUCGGCUCUACAGCAGCGAGGGAAGUGUAAAUGAGCGUCACCAUCUCUCGCAGGCUAUCUGCAUCCUGAAUGACUCGAGCAGCAAGAUACUGGACGGGCUAUCGACGACGGAGUUCAAGGAGUGUAUCGACUAUCUCCGGGAGCUUAUCUUGGCCACCGAUUUAGCGAACCAUUUUCGCAUUCUGCCACGGUUGAAAAAGUUGCGGACAGAAUAUUUGACCGAGGGUUCCAACCAGCGGCUGCUCCUAUCCCUCAUGAUCACCUGCUGCGAUCUUAAUGAUCAGGUCAAAUCCUGGAAAACGGUGCAACACGUAGCGCACUUGGUCUAUGCGGAAUUCUUCGCCGAAGGCGACCUGGAGAAGCAGAUGGGUCUCCGACCGAACGCCAUGAUGGAUCGCAAGAAGGCCUGCAUACCGAUGCUUCAGAUCGAAUUCCUUACCACCGUCAUACGGCCGACGUUUGAAAUACUGGUGCAAAUUUUCCCGGAAACUGGUUCAUUUCUGGACACGAUCGAUAGCAAUCGCGUACAAUGGGAAAGGGUACAAAACCGGGCCGCACAGCAGCAAGCAGGCAAUGACAGUGAAACAUCCGGCAACGGUACAUCCGAAUCGUGCAACGGUUGUAAUGCGACUGCAGAAUGUUGUGAUUUUACCUGUUACACGAAGGUGAACGAUUAGGCGCGGACGAUUUGUAUCAGAAUGGAACGAUUUUUAAGGAGAACAUUGAGGUUUAGUUGGCGACGACAUCAUGAAAGACAAUUUUAAUUUAUUUGACAGUAUUUGUAAUAGCAUAUUGUUACGUAUCUUUCCUGUGCGUAGGAUGUGCGCAACAGAUUACAGGGGUCUACAGAGAUAUGAGACGCACAUCGAACAUUCAAAUCCCCAAUCGAACAAUGCAAGGAGGAGAAGGGUUAAGGAUUGUUUGCUGGCAAACAGAUCGUUUACGUUUUGUUCACUUUCGCACAGUCCCUUUAAUGCACUAACAACUAACAAACUCCCGCACACAACCACCGUCAUCACAUUACGAUACCAAAGGAUUCGGAUUCAUCUUGCACAUCACCACCACGCGUGUCCAGUUGUGCACGCUCGAUGCUGCGAUACAACGCACAAAAAGACAAACGCGUUGUUAGUGGAAGUUGGUGUUAGUCGGAAGCAAAGGCUGCAGCAGUAUAAGGGUAGAGUAGAAUUUCAAUAAUGUUGUACUAGAAUCGAACCAGGCCAUAAAUGGGUUGCGGUGACCCUGUAGCGAUUCCAUUCGAUGUGUUAGCAAGCCAACGAGCUGAGCAGGUACGAUGAACAAUGUUCAACGAAAGAGAAGACACAAACACUUAGCUAAACCAAGGAAUGAGCCAUGAGAAAGCAAAGAGAACAAUUUCUUCGUGGAUAAUAGAUGUAGAAUAAAAGGAUAGUAAGA